AUGCAGCUCGGAAAGACUUUCACUUUUGUCGCCUUGGUCGCCGCACAGACCAAUGUCGUCCUCGCCAUAUACGAGUGCUAUGUUUCCCUCAAGAUUAACGGCAUUGAACAUUACAAACCAGAAGGCAGAAUGGAAUUCCCAGGCGCGACAACAGUAUACGACAUAGGGGGUUAUGGCACGGUUGUUAUCGUCCUCGGGGAUACUUGCGAGCCUAUAUACAAAACUGAACUGAAACUGCCUCAGGCAUUUGACUUCUCAAGUCGCAUUUUCAAAAAGCGCAAACAAUCAGAAGGCCAGCCGUCGGGGAGAGAAGAAGUAAAGCACCAACGAAUUGAGGCGCAAGAAUGGAAACCCGGAAAUGUGUAA